CGGGCCUGGAACAGAGCCCGCCGAGUGGACUUAGUUAUGUCCCCUCCUCCACACACCUCACUCGUCACUCGAUCAAGUCCCCCCCCCCCUUCUCCCCUUUCUCCGAUCUUUUACCACCUACUUUCGCCUUUGCCUGGGUCCUUUCCAUCUCCCCUCUCUCCUUUCCCCCGCAUGUCAACUAUGCACUUCGGGGGCGCCAUGCAGCCUCUUUCGGCUUGCGUGUCGCAGAUCCUCGACAGCCUGCGCGCCUUGCCUGACGACUCGAUGAACCUGAAUGUCGAGCUGGCCACCGAGGCGUGUGGGCAGAAUCGUCCAGGCACGCGCCUAUCCCUGCCCCUUCCGAUGGAGCCCAUCACCGCGGAGUUCAUUCGGUCCGCAGAAUUCGCCAAGGCCUUCCGCGAGCUGGCCAGCGGACUGAAGGAGGUGGCGGCUUCCCUUCACAUGACCGCUGAUGCUCUGGUUGACCGACUUAUCCGGUCUCAGCACCGCGGCGAGCCGCUCUCGGCCUGUCUGUCCAAGUCCGACCUGCAAGCGCAUCCGCGGAUUGAGCAUAACAUUCGCAUGGUGAUGUCCCUGCUGCGGAAUCACCAGUCGGUGGAGCUUUCGGGCAUGGUGCAGCAGAGCCGACGGAACUUUGACAUCAUGUCCAUUCCCUUUAAGCAGGUGGCCGACAUCCGCCAGGCCGGCCGUCGGUUGAUCGAGGGUGUUGGCCGGGUCAACCGCGACCGCCAGAUUAUCACGGAUACCUCGAGCCUCAAUCCCAUGAGCUUGCGUUAUGUCGACCGGACAUGGCUCAUGCGCUUCGUGGCAUCGAUCUUCGGGAAUUUGCCAACCGACGAGCAGAGUGACAUCGCGCUGUCCCUGAUGAAGCUCCUCCAAUCGGACUCCCCGGCUCUGAUGCUGGAGAGCGAGCUGGUUGCCAUUCUCGGCUACUCGCGCCUUGAGGCCGUGGCCAGCUUGCUGGAAAACCAGCGAGGCUUUCUGGCCGCCAUCGAGCCCUUCCUCGAACGGGCCAUUGAAGUUGAGGAAGAGUACCUUCGCAAGCAGGAGGCCGCGCAGAAUGCCUCCGCGCCGAAGAGCAGUGCCAUUACCCUGUCCCAGGUGACCAUUCGCACGACCGAGGACAUCAAGCAAUCGCGGGCGCAGAAGAGUGCCGCCCGGCGAAAUCGUCGAGCGGCUUCCCGCCGGGGGGGCUCGCUUCCGGAGGAAAGCCUCCACAACUGCUAUGUCCGGGCCCUGGGGUAUGAGCCGAUCGAUCCAUACUCGGAGGCGGCAGCUGAGCGCCUGCGCCGACAGCAGGCCGCCACCUUCCUGACUCCCAGUCAGCUUGAGGAUAAGGCUGAAUAUCCGAAUGUCUUCCGGUCGGCCUCCUCGCAGCCGGUGGAUCUUUUUGGCCGGUCCUUUGUUCUCCCGGCCGGGUCGGUGGUCACCCAUACCUCGACCACGCAUGAGAUUUCCAUCCCGCCUCCGGCCACCGCCGAGCGUCUGGACCAGGAAACCGACCUGGUGGACAUCGACCAGUUUGAUCCGUUUGCCCGCCGGGCCUUCCCCGGCUAUGAGAGCCUCAACCGCUUGCAGUCCUUUGUCUUCCCUGUGGCGUAUCACUCCAACGAAAAUAUGCUUGUGUCGGCCCCCACCGGUGCCGGUAAAACGGAUGUGGCCAUGAUGACGGUCCUGCGCGAACUGAAGGAGCAUGUCCACAUGAAUGUCAUCCAGAACCGCAACUUCAAGAUUGUCUAUGUCACCCCGAUGAAGGCCUUGGCUUCGGAAAUUGUGCAGAAGUUCUCCCAGCGUCUGGGCUAUUUGAACUUCACCGUGCGAGAAUUGUCUGGAGAUAUGCAUCUGACGAAGUCCGAAAUUGAGAGCACCCAGAUGAUUGUCACCACGCCGGAGAAGUGGGACAUUAUCACCCGUAAGAGUGGCGGAGAUACCAGCCUCACGUCUCUGGUGAAGCUGCUGAUCAUUGAUGAGAUCCAUCUGCUGAAUGACCCCCGAGGCUCGGUCAUUGAGACUCUCGUCGCCCGAACCCUGCGCCAGGUGGAGUCCUCUCAGACGAUGAUUCGCAUUAUCGGUCUGUCGGCCACCCUGCCGAACUUUGUGGAUGUCGCGCGCUUCCUGCGUGCCGAUCUCAAGACCGGCCUCUUCUUCUUCGACAGCUCCUUCCGGCCGGUUCCUCUGUACCAGAAGUUCAUUGGUAUCAAGGGCUCCAACCAGCACCAGGUGGCUGGGCGCAUGGAGGACGUGUGCUACAGUCUGUUACACGAGCGUCUGAAGGCCGGCAAGCAGGUCAUGAUUUUCGUGCACUCCCGUAAGCAGACGGUAAUCGUGGCUCAAAACAUGCUGAAGCGUCUGCGCGAGGCGAAUGAGCUAUCUCUUGUGCAGCCUGAAAACAAUCCCGACCUCGACAAGGCCAAGUCGUCCCUCGCUCGGUCCUCCAAUGCCGACCUGCAGAAUCUGGCCCCCUUCGGGAUUGGGUUCCACAAUGCCGGCAUGGCCCGCCCGGAUCGGAACCUGGUGGAGUCGCUCUUCGCCAAGAGUGCCCUGCGGAUGUUGGUCUGUACCGCCACUCUGGCCUGGGGUGUGAACCUUCCAGCCUCUUGUGUCAUUAUCUUCGGCACGCAGCUGUACGACGCGGAUCAGGGCGGCCAUGUGGACCUGAGCAUCCUGGAUGUGCAGCAGAUUUUCGGUCGUGCUGGCCGACCCCAGUACAAGGACUCCGGCGAAGGCAUCAUCCUGACCUCGGCCGACAAGGUGGACCACUAUGUGUCUCGCAUGUUGACCGACACGCCGAUCGAGUCGCGUCUUGGUGACCAGCUGCCGGAUAAUCUGAAUGCCGAGAUCGUCCUUGGCACUGUGACGAACAUCCCGGAGGCCAUCACCUGGUUGCGGUACACGUAUCUGUAUGAGCGUGCCUGCCGCAACCCCAUGGCCUAUGGCAUCUCGUAUGACGAGUUCACACGCGACCCGCAUCUGUACAACUGGAGCCAGAAGCGCCUCCAUGAUGCGGCCGAGCAGCUUGACAAGAGUCGCAUGAUUCGCUAUGACCGGCCGACUGGGCAGUUGAGCGCUACCGCUCUCGGCCGGACUGCCUCGCAUUUCUACAUCCCCUACCAGACGGUGGAGAUCAUCAACGACGAGUUCAAGGCCAAUCUCAAGGAGCCAGAGCUCCUGGCACUGGUGUGCAAAUCCACCGACUUCAAGAGCAUCCAGCUCCGCGAGGAGGAACAGGAGGAGCUCAGCAAGAUCUACGAUAUGUUCUGCUUUAUGGAGGUCAAGAACGACCGCACUUCCCCCGAAGCCAAGGUCAACAUCCUUAUUCAGGCGUACAUUCGCCGGUACAUGCCAGCUUCCUCGUCGCUCUCCUCGGACCAGCUAUAUGUGGCACAGAAUGCUGCGCGCAUUUUCGGCUCCCUGUUGGAGAUUGCCAUCCACAAGGGCUGGCUCAAUGUGGCCUUCCACCUUCUGCAAAUUUCCCUCUCGAUCGAGCGCCGCAUCGGGAUGGACGCCCACCCGAUCCGGCAGUUCUCCCACGUCAUCCCGGUGGACAUCCUCACGCGCUUGGAGGAGUCCGGCGUGUCGGAUGACGACCUGUUCGCCAUGACCGAUGCGGAGAUUGGCGAAUUGGUCCGGCGCCAGAGCUGCGGCAGCAUGGUCAAGGCCGCCCUUCGAAAGAUCCCCUUCCUGGAUGUGGUGGUGCACUCGCAGCCGCUGUCGCGCAAUAUCCUUCGCAUCGAGUGUGAGAUCCAGGCCGACUUCGAGUGGGACCGCCGGUACCACACCGAGGUGGAGCCCUUCUUCUUCUUCAUUCAGGACUCGGACUCCAUGGAGAUGCACCAUUCCGAGCGGUGGAUCCUCAACUACAAGGCCCGGAACAACACACACACGGUGGUCUUCCUGGUGCCCAUCCGCGAGCCGGUCCCCUCGCAAUAUUCGCUCAUCAUCGUGUCCAGCCGGUGGUUGAAUGUGGUGCAAACCCUGCCCAUCAGCUUCAAGCAUCUGAUCCUGCCGGACCAUCGGCCGCCGCAUACCGAGCUUCUGAGCUUGGACCCGCUCCCGGUGACGGCCCUCGGCAAUGAUCGGCUGAUGGGUCUGUACCUGGACAAGGGGAUUCGCUUCUUCAACACCAUCCAAACCCAGAUCUUCCACGCCCUCUUCCAUGGGACGAUGAAUGUCCUGCUCGGUGCGCCGACCGGUUCCGGUAAGACCAUCGCCGCGGAGCUGGCCAUGUGGCAGGCAUUCCGCCGGUUCCCCGAAUCCAAGGUCGUGUACAUUGCCCCGCUCAAGGCCCUUGUCCGCGAGCGGAUGGACGACUGGUCGGAGCGUCUGCACGCGGCCCUCGGCAUGAAGACCGUGGAGUUGACCGGUGAAACGGCCCCCGACAUUCAGACCAUCCGCCAGAGCAACAUCAUUGUCACGACGCCCGAGAAGUGGGAUGGUAUUUCGCGCGGGUGGAAGCGCGAUGCCUCCUUCCUGACCAAUGUCUCGCUGGUCAUCAUGGAUGAGGUGCACUUGCUGGGGCAGGAUCGUGGGCCGAUUUUGGAGGUGAUUGUUUCGCGCAUGAACCAGAUCAGCGAACGUACCGGGCGCCCGGUGCGCUUCCUCGGCCUGUCGACGGCCCUGUCCAAUGCCCAGGAUGUGGCCGCCUGGAUGGGGGUCCCCGCGCGGGGGCUCUUCAAUUUCAAGCCGGCCGUGCGGCCGGUUCCGAUUGACAUCAACUUCCAGGGGUUCCCGGGGAAGCAUUACUGCCCGCGAAUGGCUCUGAUGAACAAGCCGGCCUUCGAUGCCAUUCGUCAGUAUUCCCCGGAGAAGCCGGUUCUCGUGUUUGUGUCCUCGCGUCGGCAGACGCGCCUGACGGCGCAGGACCUGCUGGCCUACCUCUCGAAGGAGGACAAUCCCUUCCGCUGGCGGCGCAACAUGUCGGAUCUGGAGUUCGAGGAAGUGGUGGCCACGGUGAAGGAUGAUGUCCUGUCCAACACCCUGGCCUUUGGCAUUGGUCUGCAUCAUGCGGGUCUUUGCAAUUCCGAUCGAAAGCUCUGUGAGCGGCUUUUCAAUGAGCGCAAGAUCCAGGUCCUCAUUGCCACCAGUACAUUGGCUUGGGGUGUCAAUACUCCGGCCUACCUGGUCAUCAUCAAGGGGACUGAGUACUUUGACCCGAAGACCCACCGGUAUGUGGACAUGUCCAUCACCGACAUCAUGCAGAUGAUGGGACGUGCGGGCCGUCCGCAGUUCGAUGACAAGGCCAUGGCAUUUGUCAUGGUGCAGGACGUGAAGAAGGACUUCUACAAGAAGUUCCUGACCGAGCCCUUCCCGGUGGAGUCCUCCCUGCCGUUGAUGCUUCCGGAUCACUUCAAUGCGGAGAUUGUCAUCGGCACCAUCACCGACAUCCCCUCGGCGUUGGCCUACCUGUCGGCCACCUACUACUUCCACCGCCUGUGCCAGAACCCCUCCUACUAUGGGGUGGCUACCAGCGGGUCGGAGGACAUCCAGCGCCACCUCCACCAGCUGACCGAGCAGACUCUGGUCGACCUGAAGGAGUCUUACUGCAUCACGGUUGAGUCGCGCGAGGGGGCACCCUGCAUCAUGCCGACUGAGCUUGGUCGCGUGGCCUCGACGUACUACGUGUCCCACCGGACCAUUCGGACCUUUGCCGAUGGCCUGCGCCGGCUGGCCCUCAAGCCGGACCUGUCCUAUUUCGAUGUGCUGGUGCUCUUCUCCAAGGCGCACGAGUUCUCCGAGAUCCCGAUGCGGCAUAACGAGGAGAUGCACAACUUCGAGGUGUCCGAGCAGGUUCCCUACUCGGCGGACCCGGUGGACAUGGAUCUGCCCCAUGUGAAGACGCAUCUGCUGCUGCAGGCGUACAUCCUCCGGCUGCCGAGCCCGAUCAAGGACUAUGAGAUCGACACCAAGCUCGUGGUGGAUCAGGCAGUCCGAGUGUUCCUGACCCUGAUCGAUGUGUGCGUGCAUUAUCGGAACUUCCGCGCGGCGACCCUGGCCAUGCGCAUGCUGCAGGCGGUCAAGCAGCAGUCCUGGUUCGAGGGGCCGGCUUUGGCCCAGGUUCCCGGGGUGACGGAUCGCCUGGUGGACAACCUGCGCGAUGUCACAUACCCGGCGGUUGGGGAGUAUGGUCUCCUGCACUUGGCCCUGAAGGCGGCCGAUGCCGAGGGGCUCUUCGGGGCCGUGGCUCGCCCGGGGACCUCGGUCCCGGCGGAAAGGCAGCUUGAUGUGCCGCUGCCCUUCCGCACGCACAGCCGCCUGGAGGGGCUGCUGGAUGCGGUGUCGCGUCAGCCCCGCGCGGCGCAGUUCCUCCGGAGUCUGCCCCUCGUGCGGGCGGCCAUGCAGUUGGACCUGCCGGCCGGGGCCCGGAGCGCGGAUGCCCUGCCCCCGGGGGCCGAAGUGCAGGUGUCCCUGCAUUUGAGUCUGGCCAAUCGCGAGGACAUCCGGGCCAUCCGGGCUCAGGGGAUCCGCACGCGGGAGCUUUCCUCCCGCUUGUGGGUCAUCCUGUCGGAGAUCGAGGUGCCGGUGGAUUUGUUGAUGCAAACCCCGGCCGAGCGGGCCGCCAAUGUGGCCAGUCUCGUGGCCGACAUGGACGUCCAGUCGCUUCCGAAGCCGGCCAAUGUGGUGCGCUUCCGCGAUUCGGUGCCCCCGCCGGGCGAGGCUUUCGGCGAGAUUGCCGCCAUGCGAACCAUCUAUGCGGAUGGCCUCGCUGGUGCCGGCCGAGCGGUGGCCCUGCGCUUCACGGCACCGGAAGAGCCGGGCGUCUACCACUACAAUGUGUCCAUCAUCAAUGACACCUAUCGCGGCAUGGAGCACAGCUACACCUUCGCGGUGACGGUGUUGCCGCGCAUGCGCCCGGUUCCGGCGCACCCGAAGAAGCCGGCCCCCAAGGAGCCAAUGUACUGAAGGAGCAGGCGCGCGCGGGAGGGUCUUUUUUUUUUUUUCCCCGCGUGCCCGCCUCGUCGGCCGGUCGAAUGGAAAAAACCCUCCCUCUUUCUUCCUCGCUCUCCUCCGGACCGGGGCCGGGGGAGGGAUGCUCUCCGCACGGUCUCCCCUCAUCCCUGGAGAUGAUGGGCGAUGAAAUAGACGAUCUUGCGACGGUUCUGCC